CUCUGAUCGCUGUUUCGGCUUUGUGGACAUCAUCUGACUACAGCUUUCACUUUGUCGGCUUGAAUUUUAAGAGAAUACUCUUCUUAACGAGGUGAGAUUUUUAUUUAUUGCUUAUUUUUCUUGUGCACAGUUGUCUGUGUGAAACUGUGGAGAUAUGAGCGCAUUUUUACAGUUUGCAUGUAGUCACAUUAUGAUACAGGCGGGAUAGUUUUUGUUUGCAAUGUACAAUAAUUUUUGGACUCGCCAAGACCAUGAAACUUAAUGCCAUUAAACUCAGGGUUGUUUCAACGCCUUUAUGAACCUAAAGGCGAUAAUUUGGCGAUUCCUUAAAGGAGGUGUUCUCGUUGCAUUUGGAAAGAAGAUCAAGGGAAGGUUUAUCAAAGGUUCUGUUUCAUUUUGUGUAUGUCACACAACACCGACAUGCCUGUUACAAUUUUGUAAUUCUCCUCAACUAGAAUCGAAUAUGGAUUAAAGUCAAAACAAAAGUGAUCAGAUGAUGAAGUGUUUGUUGACAGCAUCCUUACUACUACUGAUCUGAUAGUAUUCAAUAAAUUUUCUGCUGCAAAAUGGCAGAUUAUGUACUUAUCAGCUGCCAUCUCGAGGGGUGGGGGGGAGGGGUCAACCCCAGGGAUGUUAUGCGGGUCGUUGGCAUUCCUGAAAAUUUUAAGUGCGGGAUGGGGGACAAAAUUGCCUUUGCACUUUCAUAGUAGGAUCCCGGGGAAAAACCCAUUAGGAUUUGGAAUGCAUCUAUUAUGAAUCCUACAAGAACAAUGUUGUCCUUUCCAAUUCCAUGACUUACAAAAGAACAUGAAGGUGCAUUUCUUGGCUUUUUUUUAUCAACCCCUUCCAUUACGAUUCUAUAAAGAGGAAUUUUCAAAAUAAAUAGAAGAAAAGUUUUGUUGCUGUUUGCAAGUCCCUUGAAUUUUUGCACUUUGUGACAGAUUCCAUUCAUCCAAACCGAAUCACCCCAGGGGGAGGGGUGAUGGGAGCUUUUUGUCAAAAAAUAUUGCUCGUCAGUGGGGGAAUUUAUUAAUGUUGUUGCCAAAAUGGGUCGAUCCCUCAAGAUGGCCACUGAUGAGUGCAUUAAACAGAUCCUGAGAACAUUUAAAUUUUUUGUUGAUUAUUGAACGGGCCUUCCUUGAGCUAACGUGUGAGCUGGGGAAGAUAAGGCAAAUACUGUAUUCUGAUUGGCCAGUCAACUGGGCAACAUUAGCCUGUCUUCCCUGCUAUAUUCCUCAAGAAAAUAUAAGAUAUUCCUUUUAUAGACCAGGCUUGUUUGGUCAAGAUGGCUGAAUAUUAGGCUUUUCAUAUUUGUGUUUGCUAGGAUGGGUCUUGAUUCUCACUCCAUAAAAAUGCCAGAAAAUAGUUGGCCAAUCUCCAGCCAUCUUGAUGGUCAGUGAUGUAAAAUAUGUUAAAUUUCAUACGUAGUGCACUGCAGCACUUGAGUCGUCCUUCUGAAUUUCUAUUUUUUCUGCCAAUUGUCACCUGUAACACAUGUCAUUCUUCCCUCCCUAUACAGAAUACUGAUAUGAGUAGUAAUAGGCGACUUAAGCGGAUUGCUGGCCACUUGGACAAGUCUGGGAAAACAGGUGUGUCUUCACAAGACUGUGCAGCUACAUCUCCAGAAGCCAAACCACAGUCUCAAAACAAGAUUCCAGGUAGACAAGAUAUUCUCAAGUGGAAUGGUUGGGGUUACAAAGAUUCUCAGUUUAUGAUUAAGGAUGGCAAAGCUCAAUUCACUGGCAGUCGAUACCUUCUUGGAGGACUUACUUUUCCUAAAUUAGCAGACUGGUUUACUAAAGAGUGCCAUGCAGACAUAAACAUUAGUUCACCUUCCAAACCUCUCCCUGAUCCAAGCACCUUACCAACUUCACAGAUAAACCAGCCUUUCUUCAAUUGUGUCAAAGAGUCUGGAAUUCAAUUUACUCUCGACCCUCACACGAGGCUCUUUCAUGGUCAUGGGCAUACUUGCCAUGAGAUUUUCGAGCUCCGUCACGGCGUACUUCACCGCAUCCCUGACAUCGUCAUUUGGCCAAGCUGCCACAAGGAUGUGGAGAAAAUAGUACGACUGGCUGUAGAACACAAUGUCUGUAUUAUUCCCUUUGGGGGAGGUACAAGUGUGUCUAACGCGCUAGAGUGUCCGGUGGAAGAGAAGAGGAUGAUUGUGUCACUAGACAUGACUGAGAUGAAGAAGAUUCUUUGGGUUGAUGAAGAAAACUUAGUAGCUCAUAUUGAAGCAGGGAUUAUUGGACAAGAACUGGAGAGACAGGUGGGUAGUAGCUUGACUUUUUAAGUCAACCCCUUUGGGUUAACGGUAUUGGGGUGGGGGGUGGGGGUGGGGUAGCUUGUAAGAAAAAAUUUAGGUUUGUUGAUCCCCUAGCUAUACUCCAAGGCUGUGCUCUAGCAGAGCGUGGUGGCCCGUGGCGCCUAACUUUUGUUCUUGGGCGACUAGAAAAUCUUAGCUUUUUCAUAGAAAUCAUAUGCUGGGCACACUGGAUUUCACAAGUUUAGAGUACUGGGCUCUCUUCAAUUUUUCCUAGAGCACAGCCUUGUGCUCCCUCUGCCUUGGUCUGCCUUUCCUAUAUCUGUAGAUGGUCAAACCAUUUCAUGGCUUGAAUAAACACAUGGUGAGAUGCAAACACAGGAUGCCACUAAUUACAGUGCGACUACUCGAACCGGAGCACUUGGGAGAAGAUUAUCCAAUCACAACGUUUUUUGAAAACAAAAUAUUCUCAAGUUUUUUUUGCAAACAGACCAAUAACCUUUAAGGUGCAACUAUCCAACUGUUUAAAACGUUAAAACCGUUUGAACUUACCUGACCUCUCAGGAAACAGCAUUCAAAUUCUUGAAUGUUAUUGGUCCAUUUGCAAAAAAAAACUUGAGAAUCCUUUGUUUUCAAAAACCGUUGUGAUUGGAUAAUCUUAUUCCAAGGGCCCCGGUUAGAGUAGAUGCAUUGUAAGGACCAUUAUGAUUAUUGGCCCAUUACUACAUCUUAAUUUGCAACAGAAAAAGAGGUCAGAAACACUGAGUAAGAUUGGUUAUGAUUCUAUUAAUUUUUCGUCUAAUAAGAGUUUUUACUGGUAAGUAACUGGAGUGGUUUGCUGAUUAGGGUUGACCUUUUUUGACAUUUCCAAACUUUUCUUCUUUUCAUUUGAAAAUCAUGCGAUCAAACUCAAACUGGUAUGGCGUAAACUGUUCAUGAUCUAUAAUUAUAAUUGCUGGAAGGGUUGUUAAGAAACAUGGUCAACUUGAAGCUUAUUUCCACCAAUAACUGGCCAUUUGUCUUUUUUUAGUUGAAUGCAAGAGGUCUUUGCGUUGGUCAUGAGCCUGAUUCCUUGGAGUUCAGUUCUCUUGGAGGCUGGGUUGCUACUCGUGCUUCUGGAAUGAAAAAGAAUAUCUAUGGCAACAUUGAAGACAUCCUGGUGCGAGUCAGAAUGGUUACGCCGAGAGGGACUGUGGAGAAAAGCUGCCAGGUUCCCCGUAUGUCCACAGGCCCGGAUAUCCAUCACGUCAUUCUAGGCUCGGAGGGUACGCUGGGCGUAGUAACCGAGGUGAGCCUACGAAUUCGGCCCCUCCCCGAGUGUAAAGUGUAUGGGUCAAUAGUUUUUCCCACAUUUGACAUCGGAAUUGCCUGUGUGAGAGAGAUUGCGAAGCAGCGAUGUGCACCAGCUUCAAUUCGCCUGAUGGACAAUGAACAGUUCAUGUUUGGACAGGCUUUGAAGCCGGAGGGUGGGUCGUAUUUUAAGUCAUUUCUUGAUGGUCUGAAGGCUGUUUACCUGACGAAGUUUAAAGGUUUUGAUCAUCAUCAGCUGUGUGUUGCCACCUUGUUGUUCCAAGGUGACAAGCAACAAGUCGCAGACCAACAAAGAAGAAUCUACGACAUCGCCUCUCGUUAUCGAGGCAUCCCUGCUGGUGAAGAAAACGGCCAAAGAGGGUACAUGCUGACCUUCGUGAUCGCUUACCUCAGGGACCUAGGCUUCGAGCAUCAUUUCCUGGCCGAGUCAUUUGAAACCUCUGUGCCCUGGGAUCGAGUCUCUGAUUUGUGCCGCAACGUGAAAGAAGCACUCAAACGAAAAUGCGCGGAGCUUGGGAUCAAGUACCCACCCCUGGCCACGUGCCGUGUGACGCAGACCUACGACGCUGGCGCGUGCGUGUAUUUUUAUUUUGGCUUUUAUUACCAUGGGCUGUCCAACCCACUGGAGCUCUAUGAUCAGGUGGAGACUGCAGCGCGAGACGAAGUGCUGGCUAAUGGUGGAAGCUUGUCUCAUCAUCAUGGAGUCGGUAAGUUGAGGAAGAAAUGGCUGCAGCAGACCGUAUCUGAUGUGGGCAUAGAGAUGCUACGAGGAAUCAAGCAAGCUGUAGAUCCUCAGAAUAUAUUUGGAAAUGGCAACUUGCUGUAGUUGCACUUAUUUCAACUUCAUGGGUACUGAUUCAUUAUAAUUUGAAACUUUGAUUUAAUUGCACUUGGGACUGCCGACUGGGAAUUCUUCCACGUAAGGUGACAAAGUCUGUAUACUGAAAAAAGGGGUUUCUUGAUGGAUGCGCCCGGAUGGAGGAUGUCCAGUGUCACUGAUUGUUAGAGAAACCGUUGUACGUUGUCAUUUUGCAAAAACCUGGCGUAAAGAUACUCUGAACUUCACUGUGAUUGUGAAUAAUAGCCAUUCUCGUCCAGUAUUUGGGCUAAAUCUUGUCACGUGAUUUACGUAUGUUGCUUACUAUAAGGGCUUCAAGCGUUUUUCAUGGUAAUGUAUCAAAAUGAACUCUAGAACAG